UGUGGAAAGUUAACCUGAGCGUAACCUAACCUGUCCAGUUCACUGAAGGAACAGUUCGCAGUUACUUCUUCUAUCCGCGUUGUAGUUUAAUUUUUCUUGUUGUAAAACACAGCAACGUACCGGCCAAACCUUGGGCCAAACUGACUUGAUACACUUUCACUGUAAAAAGUUAAGAACUGGACGACACCAGCGGAGUAGUGAUGGAACUUCAGUGUGAUAUUUGUUUUAACCAAUUUGACCUGGACCAGCACCGUCCCAAAAGCUUGCCCUGUGGGCACACCGUUUGUGGAGAAUGUGUGCAGAAUCCUGCCUUGGGGAAGAAGUGCCCAACUUGCAGGAAGGACCUGGCCGCCGACCCAACCGACCUCCCCGACACAAUCCUUGCGAUCAGAAUGAUUGAAAACGACGGCGCCCCUCCUCGCAAGAAGCCUAAGACAGAAGAGACUGAGGUCCGGCAGCUGCGGCGGGGCGUGGAAGCAGGACGGAAGGUGGUGGAGGUGCUGCGGCUGGUGGUGCCCAAGGCCGUGGAGGCCCUCAACCGCCAGCUGGACUCCUCGGUCGCCCAGCUGCGCCAGUUGGAGGAGGCCCUGGAGCUGCAGGUGCAGCGGGGGCCGGCGGGCGGCGAGGUCAGCGACCCGGUGGCGGAGCAGCUGCAGCUGGCGGUGCAGCUGGAGGACAGUCUGCGCCUGCUGACCGCCAACAAGUGCAGCGUGGUUGCGGAGGAGGAGGACGGUGCCGCCUGGCGGUCCAGCGCGCCGCUCGGUGGAUUCAGCGACAUCCUGCGGCUUCUGUUGCUGCAGCUGCGGGCGGACGGCCAGCUGGAGAAGGUCGACGGGGCUGCUUUUCCUGACACCUCUGGAGUUUUCGUGGGACCGCCAAUCAUCUCGGUUCUAGAGACAGAUGAAGAAGAUUUUGAAGAUGGUGAUUUAAAGGUUAAUGACAUUCUCCUAGACCGUCCACGAUGGAGAAACACACGCAGCUUAAAGUGCUCUCACGGUGAUGGUCUGGAGGAACUACUGCGCGUCCUCGCGGCGCAGCUCGAGGAACUGAAGAUCAAGGGAGAGUGCAACGUUCAGCCUAUGGUGGAAGUUGAGAGAAUGACGUCACUGAAAAGACUGUCCGUAAAAUGUGUUAACGAUAAAUCCCUGGACUACCCGGACCUCCCGUUGCAGCUCGAGGAGCUCGCGGUCCAAAAUCCAAAAGAGAAUCAGUUGCGGUGUGUAGAGCGGAUGUCUAGGCUGCGCAGCCUGCAGGUACACGAUUAUUAUGGUCCAAAUUUGACCUUUGCCCCCUCGCAGCACGGAGCCUUGCGGUGGCUUUGCGUGGCCCUCAAUACUGGCCACAAGGACACAAUGAUGUCGCUGAUCCGCGCCUACGCCUCAUCAGUGCAGCACCUCUGCAUAUACUGUAGCGUCAGUGAUAGUAGAAAACGAUCAUUUUACUACCCUGACUUGGGCGGAGACUUGGCGGCGUGUGGUUUGCGAGCCUUGCUGCAGCUUGUCCUUGUACGUCCUAAAAGUGAUCCAUGCUCAGAGCAGGUCGCUCGUUGCCUGUUGCAGUGUCAGGCCAUACGAAGAUCCUUGCCUGCGCACGUCCAAGUGGUCUGCAGGAAGUGUAACGUGCCAGCAUCCUAGGGAGAACAUCUAAAGUGUACUUGUAACCAUCUUCUUUAACGUGGCGGUGGUUGUAAAAGUGAGCAAACGUUUACACUUCCCGUCGUUUUACAACCAGUUAUUUAUUGAUCAUUUGUUUAAGUGCUUUAAAGGUAAUUCACAAUUUGAAAAUUCAGGAGUUUAACUUGUGCUUUGCGUUAAUAAAGGGGCACAACUUGUAA